UUAAAGCGGACGGUUUCAAUUUUCUUUACAUUUUCGAAAUGGAGUCGAAAUUAGAGUUUAUUAACGAGUCACUUUUGGAAGAUCUUCUAAAAGACUAUUUGGGCAGUGGCGCAAAAAUUACAAAGGUUACAAGAAAAUCAAUUCCGGUAGGAGACAAUUUUAGCAGUGAACUUCUCAGGAUUACCAUUGGCUACUCCAUACCUACCAGCAUAGAAGAGCAGAAAUUGUCGCUGAUUGCUAAAUACCUACCCGAUGACAGCUUCUUGAUAAAGUUUUCAGAAGAGAUGAAGUCCUUUAAACGGGAAAUGUUGAUGUAUAGCAGUACAUUACUGGAAAUGUACAGUUUUGGGUGUCUGAAAUGUGUUGCUCCAAAACCAUACGCGAUCUCCACGAAACCAAAACCGACAAUUUUGCUUGAGGAUUUAUCAAUCCUCGAUUAUCGCCCAGGAUCUCGUGAUAAGGGAUUGGACCUCAACCACUGUCUUUACGCGCUGGAUCGUUUGGCAGCGUUCCACGCCUCAUCCGUUGCACUCCAUGAGAGAAAUCCAAGGUCUAUGGAGGUAUAUGAUCAAGCACUAUUUGCUGAUGUGGAAAGUAUGAACGCUCUGAUGACUACUGGUUUUCGAGAAGUCAUUAACACAUGCAAGAGAUGGCCAGAAUUAAACAAGUAUGCCCCCAAGUUAACGUCACUUCAAGAAGACUUCAUGGUUAAUCUGCUCGCGGCCAAUAAGCCUAGCACAAACUUCAACGUUUUAAACCACGGAGAUUUCUGGAUCAACAAUAUCAUGUUCUUGUACGAUUCAAUUGGUCACAUUGAGGAUGUUCGAUUUAUAGACUAUCAGGUCUUGUGUUAUUCAAGUCCAUCCAUUGAUCUGCACUACUUUUUGAUAAUGGGGGCGGAUGUGCAAACUAAGCAAAAAGCGACCGAACUUUUACGUCGCUAUCACGAAAAACUGAUUCACUACUUAAUCAAAUUGUCUGCAAAGACCGUCCCACCGACGUGGGACGAGUUCUUCGAAGACUUUCGGUCGAGAGCUUUUUACGGUAUAGUGACCGCAGCGGUCGCUCUUCCACUUAUGAAAGCAGGGAAUAGACCUGACUCAAGUAUCGAGGGUUUUCUGAAUUCCGAAGGAGAAGAAGGUUAUCGACAUUACGCGUUCAAUAAUUCGAGUUACCUGAAAGAACUGACAACUUCGUUUACGUUUUAUGAAGGCUUAGGGGUUUUUAAUUUACCGCAUUCACUUAAAUCCUAAAGAUAUAAUUACCGAAGAUAUUUAAGACGUUGAUCGAAACAAUUAUCUAACAUUAAGAUAGAAAUGCCUUCCUUAUGAAUCAGUAGGUAUCUAAUGCUAUUAAAACUCAAUGGUUAAUAAUAAGCCUUUUAUGAAAUCAUACAAUCCAUCUAUCUGUCUGUUGCUCCGGGAUUAUUCACGGUGUAAGGGAAAUGAGUUUUUAGUUUUAUUUUUGACAAUAAUUAACAACAAAACAAAGGCUUAUUUUUUAAAUUCAUAGCAUAACGAUAGCGAUUUUAAUUAAGGGAAGCGGUAAGUACCGCAAAUGGUAUUGGGCAUUGUCAAUUUUUGUUGGUUUCUCUUUCUAUCCUAUUACCUGGCUGGUAAAGUGUUUCAAGAAAGGCAGACGGACAAACAAACAGUAGUAUAAUUAUGUUUUUCCCCUUACCCAAACCUGCAUUGCCGUCAUGAAGCAAAGUAGGAUAUUGACCUAUUU